GUUGCAUAAACUAUUGAUCAAUUAGCGAUCUUUGAUGCAUGUGGACAUACAAAUUCUUAUCAGAUAUGCAGCAAAUAAGAUGCAUACUGCAGCAUGAAAAGGAAUGUAGAACUGUUACAUUCGGUGCUUAAUGCAGAACUGUUUAAGCUACACGCAGCAGAAAGAACUGAUCAAAAAGAACAAGUAUGUGACACACACACAUCGUCUGCUGGAAGGGUUCGGGACCCACUAUCCAUUUACCCACAUGAUUUGAUCUUGACAAUGAAAAGCCAACCCAAAACUUGUAACUAUCUUUAUGUUUUUCUCCUGUCACCUUCAUCUUAGGCGUUGGAGGCUUCAAGUAUGCAAUAGCUAUAUUAUAUCAGUCAUAAACAACACUAAGAAAAGUAGUUUAUCUCUUAUCCUCUCACCAUAACCAAAGUGAACAAAAGGAAAAUGAAGUUGCUAGAUUGGAUGCACCGUAAGUUCCGACAGAAUAACAGUGACCCGCUGAAGGAUUGCGUUAUUGGUCAUGCUUGCAACUGUCUUAUAGGACAGCCAUCCUUAGAUGACCAACAUUACUAUCCAAAGUCGAACUAUGGUGCCAGAUCAUACAAGCAAGUCCAUAAAGAUCACCUCCGGAAAUCAUUUGCUAGUCUGGAAGCAGCAAGAAUUGAAGAAGAGGAAGAAGAAUAUGAAGAGGAAUCAUCAGCUGCCAUAUCUGAGCUAUUUCAUGGUUUUCUUGCAAUUGGCACCCUUGGUUCGGAGCCAGUCAGUACUGAUCCCUCAACGCCAACAUUUGCCCUCUCAUUUGAUAACAUAACUGAAAAAGACACUGAAGUAACUGAGAAUGAAUUAAAGCUCAUCAAUGAUGAGUUGGAGAAGGUUCUGAGAGCAGAAGCUAGAGAAGAUUGGUGCAAUGAUUCAUCAGGGAGAAACAGUUAUGUUAGUGCAGGAAGAAGCAGUCAUGGUAGCACCAUUACCCUUAGUGGCAAGCCGAUGGAAGGCCAGGAGACCAAUGGAACAGCAGUCUGCCCACUGCAGGGUUAUCUCUUUGGAUCAGCAGUUGAGUUCUCAGAAACAACAGCCGCCGGAAAGAAAGAAAAUAGGACAUCACUUGGUGAGCUUUUUCAGAAGACUAAAGUAGCAGAAGAGAAUUGUGGAGGUAAAUAUGAGAGGGAUGAGAAGCGCAUGGAGAAAGAAGCUGAUAAAUCUGCUGUAAAUGUCAUGAAAAAGAUGCUUAAGAAAAAACUGCUCCAUGCUUCUUCAAGGAAUUCUGCUGCAGGGGAUGGAACGGUUGAUUCCACAUCAGCAGAAAAAAAAAUGCACAAGAUCCUACAAAUGUUCAACAGAAAAGUUCAUCCUGAAAGCUCAACAUCUGCACACAAGGCAGACAAACCAUCAAAAAAUGAGAAUAAGAAGAAUAAUAACAGCGGGGGACACAUCAAUGGCAACCAGAUGCUCGCAGAUGAAGAAUUUAUAGAACUUCCUCAGAGAACCCUUUCAAAGCGGAGCACAAGGCGCCACAAGAGUCAAUCUAACCCGCCCCAGUCUAAUUUUAGCAGCAGUGACUCUAAUGGGGGCAAGGAAUGCUGGAUCAAAACAGAUGCAGACUACCUCGUAUUGGAGCUCUAAACGGAAAAUGCAAAAGCGAAUCACCGUUCUAUACCGUCAUGUUCAUUUCAGUAAGAAGUACUACUCUGUUUGCAUGGGUGAUUGUUGGUAAUACUAUGUGAGUGGUUGUGAUAACUAGAGCAAGUAAAUAAAGAGGCAGUCUUCUCCGAAAAGCUGCCUUUUAGAAUAUGAGUGUAAUUUAAUGAAAUUUGUUUUUGCAGUAAAUUGUAUUUAAAAGCAAACUGUGCUACAUCAAAUGUAUUUGAGCUGAUGCUCUUUAUAUGCAGAACUAUGUACUUCGAUCA